AUGUCUCUCAGUACAGAGGCAAUCAUCGCCAUUAUCGGUGUCUUCGCCACUGUCGUCCCCACGGCUGCACUAUGUCUCCAGCAUUGCCUUAGAUGGGGGGCCCGCAGGUCCAGGGACAGCCAACCGCUACCGCAGGUGUCAAGCAAUGUCGAGCUCGGAGUCAUUGCGGCAUAUCCAAUGCAUCCUCGACACGAGUACUUGCAUGUGUUUUACGAACAGCCUCCAGCUUUUGCCGCCGUUGGCUGGCGAGCCUGGCCGAGCUGGAGAAAUCCCGAGGUCAUGAACGUCACCAGCGACCAGGGUCUACUUUCUAUGACCAGCCUCCGACUAAACCGUGGCGAGUUUGCGGCACAGUCCAGUUCAUGA